GCGUCGCCAUCUAUUCGCGAGACUCCGAAACUGCGUCAUCUCGUUUCGUUUGCGGUCGGUGUGUCUGCUUGCAUCCUCGGCUGCUGGUUGCGAAGUAGUCGCCCAAAUGCAUCAUUCAACGCUAGUAUUCCUUGGUCUACUCGGCGCAGUAUGUGCGACCGAAAGAGUCUUCGUUCCGCUUGCUCCUCAGGCGGUGAAAUUCGUGUCCAGCGAGACUAUCAAGUCGUCGCAAAUCGGCGAUGUCCUGUCAAGCAUUCUCGGUUUUACCGUUAAACCGUCUGACCCCUGGAACAGCUUGGCGCCUGUGAACCCUUUCAAGGUCCCCAAAACAACCCUUGUGCUGGACUUUGAUGGCUUCGACGGCGACACUACGCUGGACGUCUCGGGCAAAAACUUCCCACUCGAAAACGACGUUAGCCUCCAGCAGCAACUGGAGCUGCUGUCCGAGAGAACGCUGGAGAGGUUUGCAGAGCAGGAACCGGUGGUCCUCUACAUGAAGACAGGCGAGAAGCUGUACGGUGCCAAGAUGGCCUAUCCAGAACUGCUGCUGACCGUCUCACCGGAGGUGGACAGCCGCCUGAAAGAGGCCGUCAAGGAUGCCGAGCUGGCCAAGGUGCUCCGUGAUGGCACAUUCAAUGUGUCCCUGCCUGGAGACGACCAGUUUGCUGUCGAGCUGCACACAGCCAAGCUGAUGCUGGAGCAGCUGUCCCGACAGGCAACCAAGGGUGGCACAGCUCCGAGCGUGGUGUGGCUAAGGCUGAGCGGCCUCCGCCAUGUCGUGGAUCGCUACACCGAGGAAUCGUACCAGGCCUCUCAUGCCCUGCGGCUCAUCCGCGAGUUUGUCGACAAG